UAUUUAUAACUAGUUUGGGGGGGAUAUUUAUUGUCUCGCUGGACAGAGUCCUUAGAUCUGGUCUUAGAAAUCCACUGGCAGCAACACCUGGCAAAGCAGCACAGCAAUGUCUCCCAAGAAAGCAAAGAAGAGAUCUGAAGGGGCCAACUCCAAUGUAUUCUCCAUGUUUGAACAAACCCAGAUUCAGGAGUUUAAGGAGGCAUUUACCAUCAUGGAUCAGAACAGAGAUGGCUUCAUUGACAAAGAAGAUCUUAGAGACACCUUUGCUGCUUUAGGUCGCCUGAAUGUGAAGAAUGAAGAACUGGACGAGAUGUUACAUGAAGCCCCUGGACCAAUUAACUUUACUGUGUUCUUAACAAUGUUUGGAGAGAAGCUAAAAGGUGCUGACCCAGAGGAAACCAUUCUAAAUGCAUUCAAAGUCUUUGAUCCUGAAGGCAGUGGACUUCUGAAAUCAGAUUAUAUUCGAGAAAUGCUUAUGACCCAAGCUGAAAGGUUCACAAGUGAAGAGGUCGACCAGAUGUUCACAGCUUUCCCCCCUGAUGUCACAGGAAAUUUAAACUACAAGAAUCUUGUUCACAUCAUCACUCAUGGUGAAGAGAAAGAGGAGUAAACCAGCAUGGUUCUUGACUCUUCCUCAGUAUCCGCCUGGCAUUUCUAUCUCAUUAAAGUUAUUUUUGACUCAGAUUUUUUUUAUUAGUUUUGUUAAACCUUGAGACAUAUGGCAUAGGCUUACUUUGGAAGUGUACAGUUAUCAUAUUUGCUUGGUAACCCUAUGGUAUGUUUCUUAAGGGAUGGCGCGUCUUCUUGCCUUGUAAAACUAUUAAUGUAAACACUUGUGUAAUAUAUGAUAAUAAAUUAUAUUUCUAUAUCUGCUAGAAAAGGAAAUCAGA